CAGCUUUACUUAGUUCGAUUUUGUUUUUAAUAUUCGUACUACUCGUACUACUACAUCUAGUUUUUUCAAAUACCAAUAUGCUCGCAAAAUGGCUGACCCUUUUUACAUGCCUGCACCAAGUUUUAACCGCGGACCGCAGCUACUCUUUACCCGAACUACCACCAGGAGAAGCGCCGGAACCUAUAGUCACAUUCAUGGAAAGGACAUACCAACCUGCGCGGACUAGAGCAGGUUUUGAAGGAGGAGAACCCUUGCUGUUAACUCCCUUGAUAGAAGCGAAUAAGCUUCAAGAAGCAAGGCGAGCUGCUUAUGUGGACCCUGACUUCUUAUUGCCCGAUAUGGAUAGUUAUUCAGGAUAUUUAACCGUUAAUAAAGAGUAUAACGCCAAUCUCUGGUUCUGGUAUUUCCCUGUGGCAGACAAAUCUAUUGAAGAGACACCCUGGAUCAUUUGGCUUCAAGGGGGUCCCGGGGCGUCUUCUUUGUACGGCCUGUUUACUGAAAUAGGGCCAUUCACAGUUGUGGAUGAUUUUCUGAUUGAAGAAAAAAAAUACUCCUGGGGCAAGAACCAUUCUCUUCUAUUUAUUGACAACCCUGUCGGCACCGGGUUCAGCUUCACUGAUGAUGACCGCGGCUUCGCGACCAAUCAGACUACUAUUGGUGAAAACUUAUACACGGCGUUACAGCAAUUCCUGACGUUGUUCCCUGAACUUCGAAAGGCACCGCUGACGAUUGCAGGAGAGUCCUAUGCCGGCAAGCAUAUUCCUUCCCUCGGCGUUCAAAUACUCUGGAAUAAGGAACAGGAUGAACCGAUAAACCUACAGGGCUUAGCCAUUGGAAAUGGAUUCAUUGACCCUCUAUCGCUACAACGAUACAGUUAUUUUGUUCGUGAAGUUGGUCUGGUCGAUGACAAAGUUGCCAACUUCAUGGUCCAACUGGAAACCGCUGUUGUUCAGUUCAUCAACUCAGGGGAAAUGCUAAAGGCAUACGCUUACUACAAUUAUUUACUGCAGCUGUUCCUCACAGAAUCAAAGCUGACUAAUCUAUAUAACUUUUUGGAAGACGACAUUAGUUUGGAUGGCGCAUACCUCGACUUCCUUCAGAGAGACGAAAUAAGACGGGCUCUACACAUUGGGAACACUAACUUCACAUCAAUCGGAGUUGUGUACAGGAAAUUGGUUCCUGACUUUAUGGCCAGUGCGAAGGCUUGGCUGGAGGAGUUAUUGGAAAACUACAGGGUCAUGCUUUACAAUGGCCAUCUGGAUAUCAUCGUAGCAUACCACCCCUCUGUGAACACCUAUGAGACGCUCUCUUUUUCUGGCACGUCAGAAUUUAGAUCAGCUAAGCGACACCCUUGGUACCACGACGGAAACUUAGCUGGGUAUUACAAGACAGCUGGAAAUUUAACAGAAGUAAUGAUCCGAGGCGCUGGUCACAUGGUGCCCGCGGACAAACCGGCCGCAGCCCUCGGCCUCAUCUCGGCCUUCGCCCGCAGUCUCACCCUCGAAAACGACACCGGAGUUCUGGUUGACGUUCAAAAAAACUUGCGAACUCACAGGCCUCCGCUUUAGUGGUUGUAGACUUAAUUGAACACCUCUUGCGUACAACUAUUGUUUUGAUUUUGACUUCAA